AUGCCGGAAGGUGAAUGCAACAAGUGCGAUGGUUCGGACACCGAGGAAAUGGUCAGUUGCGAUGACUGCCAGGCUUGGUUCCACUUUGAAUGUGUGGGUGAGUCUCCCGGAGUAGAGGAAAGGCCUUUCCAAUGUGAAAAAUGUGCGGCUAAGAAGGACCAAAUGGCGAAGAAGGCAGGGAAACCCGAUCCUAAUAUGCCUCUCAAGAACGCUUCCUUCCAACCGCCGGAUGCCACCGAUCAAUCGACCUCCGUCGAGGGCCAUAUGUCCACCAUACCGCAGGGAAAGAGAGGAAGUUUCCCAACAAGCAAAAUGGCUGUCGUAGAUGACGGAAAACUGUCCGCAAAUGAGUCCGCGACGGUUGAGUCCCGCAUGCAACUCGCAUUACUUCGGUUGGAGCAAAAAAUGGCCCAGGAAGAGGAAGAGUUGGCAAUCGCCAAGGCAAUCCGCAAAAGGCAGAUCGAAUGUGAGCGGAUUUUGGCGGAGAGGCAACUGCAACAGGAGAAGGAACUGAACGAAUUGAAGUUGGUUCAGGAACGUGCGAUGCUUGAGAAGCGGCUGACAGAACAGGAGGAGUAUCGAAGGCGACAGAACGAGCUACGGAAAGAAUUCGAGCGUCGCAGUUCUUCUCUAUCGUUAGAUGCUCAUGAAUACCAUGCAGCUAGCGAUUAUAGGCUAGAGAAAACACUUCCUGACAUGGAAAUAGAAUCGAAGCUCGGAGCAGUACCAAAAGUUCGGCCGUCAUUUAUGACUGAUGGAGAAACCCCUAAGCGCCCCCCGCAGAUAAAACCACUGACUCUAAAUACUGACCCACCUGAGUCCAAUUCUGAGGGAGAAGUAGAGAGCACUGUCUCUUCACACGACGACGCUUCGCUACGAGAGAAGCGAACGGAGACAGGGUCUCGAUUCGAACUGGGGCCAACAAGAGCUCAACGAUCGGCACGCCAAGUGCUGUCCAAAAAACUCCCAGUAUUUAGUGGCAAAUCAGAGGAGUGGCCACUAUUCUACAGCAGCUUCGUCAAUUCAACAGAAGCUUGUGGUUUCACCGAGGUAGAGAACCUUAUCAGGCUGCAGGAAUGCCUGAAAGGACCAGCUUUAGAAUCAGUUCGCAGUAGAUUGCUGCUGCCAGCUGGGGUGCCUCAGGUAAUAGCUACACUUCGAAUGCUUUAUGGUCGUCCGGAGCAACUCAUUUAUUCGCUGCAGCAGAAGGUCAGACGAACAGAUCCGCCAAGAGCCGACAAGCUCGACACGUUUAUUCCGUUCGGAAUGGCCGUACAGGAAUUGUGCGAUCAUUUGGAGGCUGCAGAUUCUAAGGAUCAUCUAGUCAAUCCUUCCUUGAUCCAGGAAAUGGUAGACAAACUCCCGGCGCCUACGAAACGAGAAUGGGUACAGUAUAAACGAUUCUCUGAGAAAGUGACACUCCGUACAUUCGCCGAGUUCAUUUCAAUCAUUGUCAAAGAAGCAAGUGAGGUUACCCUUGUCGUUGAGUCCAGGUUACCAAGCUACAGCCGAACGGAAAAGCCACGGGCAAGAGAACGAGCAUUUGUUCAUACCCAUUUUCUAGAUCAGAAAGAAACAUCGCCUAGUGCAUCGAAGCCCUUCCCCAUAUGUCGCAUAUGUGAGAAAGAUGGCCACCGCAUUCGAAAUUGCGAUGAGUUUCGUCGUAUGAAACCGCAACAACGGCUCGCGGCUAUACAAAAUUGGAGGCUGUGUGAACGAUGCCUAAACGAGCACGAAGGCUGGUGUAAGUUUAAAAUUACUUGCAACGUAGGUAGUUGCCGUCAUCAUCACCAUCCGUUGGCUCAUCGUGAAGUAUAUAGCAGUACCAACCUACCGAGCUCUGCGAUGCCAGCUAACAGCAGCGCGGGCCAGCACCAUGCGCAUCUCGCCUCUAAACUUACAGUCAUCUUCAGAAUAGUUCCGGUAACGAUACACAUCGGGUCGAAAUCAGUAACUACCUGUGCAUAUCUGGACGAGGGUUCAGACAUGACAUUGAUCGAAGACAGCUUGGUGCGUGAGCUCGGUGCAGUCGGUAAACCACAACCAUUAACCCUAAAAUGGACGGGCAACAUCGUUCGUCAAGAACCAGCUUCGCAGUGCUUGUCAUUGAAGAUUCAAGGAGGCACUGAAGGGCGUUUGCUCCAUCUAGCUGAUGCACACACAGUAAAAAAACUUUAUUUACCACAACAGACGGUUAACUUCAAGGAGGUGAUAGACCAGUAUCAGCAUCUUCGUGGACUUUGCGCAGAAGAACAAGUCGGGGAAGAACCACGCCUGCUGAUUGGGCUCAACAAUAUUUACUUGUUUGCACCUUUAGAAUCGCGGAUAGGGGGAGUGGAUGAACCGAUUGCGGUGCGCUCAUACUUAGGCUGGACGAUAUAUGGACCAAAACGAGUCACUCCUGCACGAGGUUUUCUCGCCGCCCACGGUGGCUUAACAAAUCAACAACUGCACGACCAAAUGCGGGAAUAUUUUGCGACUGAGGACUGUGGAGCUGUUGCCGAACCGAUGCUCGAGUCAGAAGCAGAUCGACGAGCGAAACUGAUCCUGCAGAACACGACUGUCCGCAUCGGAUACCGUUUCGAAACAGGCCUUCUGUGGAGGAGCGAUGACUGUCACCUUCCCGAUAACUAUCAGAUGGCAUUCAAGCGCCUAUGCAGUCUCGAGCGUCGCCUGAAAAAGAAUCCAGUCUUGGAGGAAGCAGUAAAACAACAGAUCGAAAGUUAUCAGGAGAAGCAGUACGCACAUGUAGCUACCCAAGCCGAGCUAAGAGAGGCUGAUCCCACUAGAAUCUGGUACUUGCCACUGAAUGUGGUUUUAAAUCCCAAAAAGCAAAAUAAGGUACGCCUUGUGUGGGAUGCAGCCGCCCAAGUAAAUGGAGUGUCGCUCAACUCACAGUUACUCGCGGGUCCGGAUCUGCUAACGUCAUUACCAGCAGUAGUUCAGCUGUUCCGUCAGUUACCAGUGGCGUUCGUCGGCGACAUCUGCGAGAUGUACCAUCAGUUGCGGAUUAGAAAGGAAGAUAAGCACUCACAACGCUUUUUGUAUCGGACCGACCCAGCGGCGCCCCCAGACGUGUUCCUGAUGGACGUGGCUACGUUCGGGUCUGCAUGCUCGCCAGCAUCGGCGCAGUAUGUAAAAAAUCUCAAUGCGAGUCAACAUGCUGACCUAUUUCCUGCAGCCGCCAAAGCGAUAGUCUGUAAUCACUACGUGGACGACUAUUUAGAUAGUGUUUCGACCGAGGAAGAAGCUAUUGAGCGAGCAAAGCAGGUGCGGCAAGUGCACUCCAAGGCAGGCUUCGUAAUUCGCAAUUGGGUUUCCAAUUCCGAGAAAUUCAUGCGGGAAAUGGGAGAAACUGAGCACGGCGAGAAAAUUGCGCUACACCAAAGCACCAGUGCUGGAGCCGAGCGAGUAUUGGGUAUAGUGUGGUAUCCAAAAGAGGACGUUUUUAGGUUCUCGAUAACAAUUCGUGACGAUUUAAUGCCCUAUCUCACUACUCAUGAGCGUCCGACAAAACGAAUCGCUCUCAGCUGCAUUAUGAGCUUGUUCGACCCAUUGGGAUUACUGGCGCUAUUUACAAUCCAUGGGAAAAUCAUCAUCCAGGACCUUUGGCGACUUGGUUACGACUGGGACGACAAAAUCGACGACGGAAGCUACAAAAAAUGGACGCAGUGGAGAUUGUUAUUGCCCCAAAUUGAGCAAGUAUCCAUUCCUCGUUGCUAUCUACAGGGUGCACCACCUGAAGCUUACGGUUCACUGCAACUACACGUAUUCGUGGAUGCUAGCGAGCAGGCGUAUGGUUGCGUCGCAUACUUUCGGCUGGUGACGGAAGGCGGGGUGAAGUGUGCGCUGGUAAUGGCCAAAACGAAAGUGGCAUCUCUGAAGCAGAUAUCGAUACCCCGCAUGGAGCUCAACGCGGCGGUGUUGGGGGCACGUAUGCUGAACAGGGUCUGUGCGAAUCACGAGCUGAAAGUCACAAAGCGUGUAAUUUGGUCGGAUUCCAGGACAGUUUUAUCGUGGAUCCGCUCCGAGCAACGCAAGUACAAACCCUUCGUGGCAUUUCGCAUAGGAGAGAUCCUGCAAGAAACGAAGCUUGACGAGUGGCGCUGGAUUCCAACGAAGCUGAACAUUGCUGACCUACUCACUAAGUGGGGAAAUGGGCCUUGUCUAGAAUCGAUGGGACCCUGGUUUUGCGGACCUUACCUUAUUUGCGGUCCUGAGGAUUUGUGGCCUGCUCAACCUCUAACACCGCCGGAUACGACGGAAGAACUCAGGACGUCGCAUUUGUAUCAUACCGCUGUUAUUUCUGAACCAUUGAUCGACGUUUCACGUAUCUCUCGAUGGAAUGUGCUGUUGCGCACAGCCUGCUGUGUUAUUCGAUUUAUAUCAAACUGCCGACGUAAGGUGCAGCGGAUGCCAAUUGAGGUGAUAGACGUACCGGCGAAUAUGCUGCGAUCUGUUGUGAAGCAUCAUGAUUCAGUACACGUCCCAUUGAAACAGACCGAAUACGAGAAAGCUGAACACAUAUUAUGGAAACAGGCGCAAAGUGAGUACUAUGCGGACGAAAUAGCUACCUUGCAGCGAAAUAGAGAGCUUCCCAAAGAAAAAUGGUUGCCCAUAGAGAAGUCAAGCGCUUUGUAUCACCUCGAGCCAUUUCUGGACGAAUUUAACGUAUUGCGCGUCAGUGGGCGAAUAGAAGCAGCAGAGUAUGUGCCAUAUGAUACGCGGUUCCCAAUCAUUUUGCCGAGAAAACAUCCGAUUACGGAACGUGUAAUUGAACAUUAUCAUCAGCGCUAUGGCCACUGCUACAGGGAGACGGUCGUAAAUGAACUUCGCCAACGGUUCCACAUUUCAACAAUUCGAGCAUCCGUGUCUGGAGUAAUGAAGCGAUGUCAGGAGUGCAAGAUCCGAAAGUGCAAACCCAUAACACCCAAAAUGGCCCCGCUACCGGUCGAGCGACUUACACCGUAUUGUAAACCUUUCAGCUACGUUGGCUUAGAUUAA